UGCGGGGAUUCGGAGAUUGGUGGGGAUGUCCGGCAUGCUCAUAACAUUGUGGCCCUAUAAAUUCUGGUUGAAUUGAACAUGAUGGAAAGCCCCGAAAACUGAAGCUGGUUGUUUUGAAGCACCUGCCCGAGUCUUGGGUGAGCGGCGGUACCUCGCCGCCGGACGGGAGACCAUGCUGCCCCUCUUCACGCUGAAGCUGAACCACAAGCUGGUGCCGGGCCUGGUAUCCCUGGGCGUGUACGACGGCACCUACCCCUGUCUGACGGCCGCCACCAGCGGAGACAAGCUACUCGUGCACAACCCGCACGAGAGGAGCGGCGAGCUCGGUGGACGACUGCAGGGCAGUAAGGCCACCUCGGACGUCUCUAUCCUCAACAUCAACCAACAGGUGACGUCGCUAUGCUGCGGCCGUCUGAAGAAGUCGACUACAGAUGGCAGUCCGGUCGGCGACGUGCUGUGUGUGGGCACGCCCGCCAGUCUGCAGGUGUACGACGUGGCCAAUAACGCCGACCUCUUCUACAAGGAUCUGCCGGACGGUGCCAACGCGCUGGUGGCCGGCCGGCUGGGUGACCGGCCCGAGCCGCUGGUGCUGGUCGGCGGCAACUGCGCCCUGCAGGGGUUCACGGCCGAUGGCAGCGACCCCUACUGGAACGUCACCGGCGACAACAUCCGCUCGCUGGCGCUCAUGGACUUCAACCAGACCGGCCGCAACCAGCUGCUGGUCGGCUCGGAUGACUUCGACAUCCGCAUCUUCAACGACGACGACAUCGCGCACGAGGUGACGGAGACGGAGGCGGUGACGGCGCUGCAGCCGCUCUCCGGCUCCCGCUUCGGCUACGCUCUCGCCAACGGCACGGUCGGCGUCUACGACAAGACCACGCGCUGGUGGCGCAUUAAGUCGAAGAACUCGGCUGUGGCGCUGCAGAGCUUCGACAUCGACAACGACGGCGUGCCCGAAUUGGUCACCGCCUGGAGCAACGGCAAGGUGGACGCCCGCAGCGACCGCACCGGCGAGGUCGUCUUCAAGGACAACUUUAACGUAUCCGUGGCUGGCCUCACCGUGGGCGACUAUCGGAUGGACGGCAAGGAUGCGCUCAUCUCCUGCUCCGUGGAAGGCGAAGUGCGCGGCUUCUCGCCGUCCAGCAGCUCGCAGCGGGCGGCCAGCCAGGCCACCGACGGCAGCACCAUAGAGCAGCAGACCAUCCACGAGCUGUCGCAGCGCCGCCAGACGCUGCUGCUCGAGCUGCGCAACUACGAGGAGAACUCGCGGGUGGACCAGGCAGUGCGAGUCAGCGGCACGCGGCAGACGGUGGAAAACGUCGGCAUCAUCCCGGCCAACACGCAGCUACAGACGGGCCUGUCAGUCAACAUGGGCUCGGAAAACGUGCCGCCGCACGUGGAGAUCACCCUAGCCACCUCCAACGACACCGUCAUGCGGGCGGCGCUUAUUUUCGCCGAGGGUAUUUUCCAGGGCGAGAGUCACGUGGUGCACCCGCCGGCCGGCCUCUGCUCCAACACGAUCCGCGUGCCGCUGUUCCCGCCCAAGGACGUCACGUACGACCUGCACAUCAAGGCGCUGGUGGGGUACGCCAACAACCAACACUACCACGUGUUCGAGCUGACGCGCCAGCUGCCCCGGUUCGCCAUGUACGCCAUCACCACCGAGCCCGUGCAGCCGCCCCGCGGAUAUGUCACCUUCAAACUCAACGAGCGCGUCCAGCGGAUGGUGCUGUGGCUGAACCAGAACUUCCUGCUGCUGGAGGAGCUGGCCGUGCCAGGCGACAUUGACGUCACGAUGUCGUCGCUGCGCACGUGCCGGCCGCUGCAGCUGCAGAUGAAGCAGUCGGGCCAGGUGACGAUCCGCGUGGACGACAUGGAGCUGGCCGGCGACAUCAUCCAGGCGCUGGCCACCUUCCUCAAGGCCGAGGACAUACAGUCGGAGGCCGACUUCCCGGCCGAGCUGGAACAGCUGGAGCGCACGCUCUCCAAGGUGGUGGAGUACCAGUCAGUGCGCGAGCGGCUUAGCGCCGAGAUGGCCGACUACUCGGGCAUCAUCCGCAGCCUGGUGGUGCGCGCCGAGGACGCGCGUCUCAUGGCCGACAUGAGGUCGAUGAAGCGCUGGUACAUGGAACUGUUCGACGUGAACCGCGACCUCAUCAGUGACUACAAGAUCCGCUGCAACAACCACGACGAGCUCAUGACGUGCCUCAAGCAGGUCAACCAGACCAUCCAGAAGGCCGGCAAGCUCAGAGUCGGCAAGCCCAAGUCGGCCGUGAUCACCGGCUGCCGCAUGGCCUUCAAGAGCAACAACAUCCCUUCCCUGCUGAAGAUCAUCCGUACCGGCGACUCCUAGCGGCGCGGCUGUCGGCGCCUGAUCCCGGCCCUCGCCGCCGCCUCAUCCUCCGGGCGGCGCGCUGAGGCGAUAGCGGGCUGCUGUGGCGGCGCCGUGCAGAGACUGUCCGGACGCCUUUGUCGGAGGCCGCACCGCCGCCUUCUCAGCACUGUUUGGUGGGGUCUACAUGGAUGUGUCGGUCCCGCCCCAGGACACGCGCGAUCGCGGCCCUAGGGCCUCACCUGUGUCUGUCACCUUGAGCGUCUGGGAUGGGUUUCAACUGAUCUCUACUGGUCCCGGCCUGGCGCCUCAAGGCUCCCCUGGAGCUGUGCCUGGUUCUCUCCCGAGAACAUUGUUGGACUCAAUCUUCCUUGUCUUGUCUUUCUGCGCCGUCUGGACCAUUCCUGAGCCGGCGCAGCGGCGCAGGCGGCGGUCUCGUGGUCCGCCAUCGAGCUGGCUGGGCUCCCCUCCCCUCCCCGUGUACCCCAGCCGAGAGUUCACGGGUGCCCGGCGAGCGGUGCCGGGCCGCACAGCUGAUCGCGGCGGCUGCGGUCUGGCAGCGACGCGCCACAGCCGGAGCCGC